GGCGGCGACGCUGGGACAAAAUGGCGGAGGAACCGGGUAGCAACGGGGACGCGUUAGCUUUGCCGGUGGGAAAGGAGGCAGUGGAUCCUCUGAUAAAAGAAAACAGCCACAUCUUCACUGACACCCAGUGCAUCUCUGAGUCUCAGGAGCUUGCUCAGGAUCAGAGUAAGAAACAAGCAAGCAAAGUUCGGCGGUGCACAUCUAUCCAUGGUGAGGAAGAGCUCAGCCAAAGCAAGAAAAUAAAAUUGGACACAAAGCAGCAAGGUAACAAUGGAGAAGACAGGAACAAAUACUGUCCCAUCUGUACUAUGACCUUUACCUCACCUGUUGUGGCUAACUCUCACUACGUAGGCAAGACCCAUGCCAAGAAUCUGAAGCUGCAUUCUCCUAAAGCAGAAGCUGUUGUUCCUGCUCAGAAACAAGCUGCUAAUGCACCUCCCACUACUGUGUCCUCUAAUGAAGAGAACCAAAACACUUCUGACCCAAACAAAUUCUGCAGUCUCUGCCACGCCAUUUUCAAUAACCCACUGAUGGCGAAACAGCACUAUGUAGGCAAGAAACACAAAAAGCAGGAGACCAAACUUAAGCUAAUGGCACACUAUGGGAGAACCCCUGAGGAACCUGCUGCUUCAACAGCCCUUCAAGCAAAAUGCCCUGCCAGGCGAGCACCUCAGCUGGAAGAGGAGGAGGUGUCUCAGGAGGAGAGACCAGUAGCUGCGGAGCCCCCUCAUGCAGAAGAGAUGCCCUUGGCUGAAGGGGAUGAAAGGCAAAUAGAGAGCCCUCCCUCAUUCAGACAGGUGACAGAUUCCCUUGAGUCCAUGAGAGGUCAAAUAAUGAAAACCUUGGAGGCCUUCGAUGUCCGGUUGAAAGCUCUUGAAGACAAAAUGGUUAGCGUUAAUGAACGACUGGAGAGACUGGAGGGUGGAGAUCAAAACCAAUAAUCACUAAAUAUAUAGUUUUGUACAGUUAAAUUUAUGCGUCCGUUCUUUUUAAAGGUUGUUAUUUAAUAAAGAAUUUCAACCGGUGUUGCUUUGUGACUGACAUUAGAUAAAUAUUCCUCAAGAUGUGUGGAUUUCAGCUGUACAAAAACAGCUCUUGCGCCUUUCCAGUGAAUUUCUCUUAAGACUUCCUCCAGUCAAAGUCUACUUAUAUCAGUAGACUUUAAUUGGUGAAACUCUUCAUCGGUUUUUGUCAAGAAAUAUUAAUCUCUAGGCCUGCAAAUAGGUUGAAGAGACCAAAUGGAAAAUAACUGGCUGUUGUUAUGGAAGGAUUGGCAAAUCGACCUUGUGACCUUUGGAUAACAAUUCAGGUAGAGAGACAAACCAUUUGUUUACAAGGACAGGACAGUGGCACCAUUGCAUCUCUCAUUCACUAUACAAGGGGUGGCUUACAGUCAGUGUUCCCUCUAAGCUGAGUUAGUGUGAGCUAGCUCAUCGUUUUUUAGCCUCCA